AUGUGCGAUAUAAACGAUAAUCCAAUUAAACUUAGCGUUAAAUGGAAUGGUAAGGAGUACGAAAUACCAGAACUAUGGCCAUCGGACUCCGUUGCAAUGCUCAAAGUCGCCAUCGAAAAUGCCACUGGCGUUCGGCCGGACAGACAAAAGUUACUCAACGUUAAAUUUCAGGGCAAAGUAGCAACGGAUAACUACACAUUGUCAGAACUACAACUGAAGCCGAACCUGAAGAUCAUGAUGAUGGGCUCCCUCGAGGAAGCUAUUGCUGGUGCGCUGACGAAGCCUGAUGUUGGGGAUGAAGUCAUCAAUGACCUGGACAUUGAGGAGGAAGAGGUUGAUGUGGAGAAUCAGGAGGUAUACCUGGCGAAGAUCAACAAGCGUGUGAGAGACUACAAGAUCAACGUGCUGAACGAGCCUCGGGAAGGCAAGAAACUCCUUGUGUUGGAUAUCGACUAUACACUGUUCGACCAUAGAUCUGUCGCUGAAACUGGUUACGAGUUGAUGCGUCCAUAUCUUCAUGAGUUCCUGACCUCCGCGUAUGAGGACUACGACAUCGUGAUCUGGUCAGCCACGGGGAUGAAGUGGAUCGAAGAGAAGAUGCGUCUCCUUGGUGUGUCCACUCACCAGGAUUAUAAGAUCAUGUUUUAUUUGGACUACCUGGCUAUGAUCACGGUUCAUACGGCCAAAUAUGGAACGAUAGAUGUAAAACCGCUAGGCGUAAUAUGGGGUAAGUAUCCCCAAUACAGCUCAAAGAACACAAUAAUGUUUGAUGAUAUCAGAAGAAACUUCAUCAUGAACCCCAAAAGCGGACUCAAAAUCCGCCCCUUCAGACAAGCCCACCUCAACAGGGACAGAGAUCGGGAACUGCUGCAGCUCUCCCUGUACCUUAGAGAUAUAGCCCAAUACUGCGAGGAUUUUGACACUUUGAACCAUAAAAAAUGGGAAAGAUACAAGCCCGAUAAGAACAGGUCGGCUAUUAAAAGAAAAGCGGACGACAGUGCCCCCCCAGCACCCAAAGAAUGA